GUAGAGAGGUCGCAGGUGAAUCAGUUAUAAUCACCUGUGCCGCAUGUAACGGUGCGUUAAAAAGGCUAUCUGUGUGUCAAACGAUUAUUUCAUGAUGGAUCAGCGGUGAGGUCUCGACUUAUGUAAUCAUCUCGUAUAUUUUUCCCCGAGAUAUAUUAAUUAUAUCUUAAUUUUCACGUAUCAGAGUUUUUUUUACGGAGGAGAGCACUACAAGGUGGUACUCACUGCAGGUAGCAGCUCAUAAACUGAAGAAAUGGGUAACUGAAUCAAUGGCAAGCGAUAUACAUAUAUAGUGGAUGUUUAUGUUCUGCCAGCCAUAUCGUCACUGUGGGGCCUGAACAGCUCACUAGCAAUGAGAUGGGGGGAUUAUACCAUAUAUAGACAAUACCCCAACUUAUCUCUGAGGAGGGAGUCUGUCUUAUUUCAUAUAUGGAGUUCAAAUAUGUAUUUUCUAUGUGAUGUAGUCCGACAAUUUGACACCCGUUUCAUUGGAGCUGGAUUCCAUGCAGAAAAAGUGUGAAUUAUUAUAUUUUUCUGGAAGAGAGUGUUUUUUAUGUGCCUUUUAAAAUGGAAUUUGUGGAAUAAUCUUGAUGAAAACUUUGAUGCCCACCGGUAGUAUGGACAGUGUGGUCCUACAGGAAGAUACCGGACUCGUUCUCUCUCCCUUCAGGUUGUUGGACAAGCUGUUGGUGGUGUGCCCCAAUGUCGACUACUGCGAGGAAGUUCUGCCCCGUUCUGAGUUGGAGGCACAUCUGCUUCACAGGUGUCGUGGUGCUGUUACUCGCUGUAUUAAGUCCAGUCUAGGCUGUACAUUCCAGGGUCCGAGAAGUGCACUACAGAGCCACCUGUGGGAGUGUCCGUAUAGGGACCAGGAUGGAGGCAAGAACCCGGUGAUGGAUGGUGAGGUGUCCACUAUUGAAAUCCAGCGCACGCAGGCCGACCUGGGCAUCAGUGUAGUGGGUGGCUGUGACACUCCCCUGGCCUGUAUUGUGAUUCAAGAAAUAUUCCCAGAUGGUGUCAUCGCUAAGGACAACAGACUGUUGCCAGGUGACCAGAUAUUGGAGGUGAAUGGAGAAGACUUAACUCAGGCUUCUCACUACCAGGCUCAACAACUUUUAGGCCAGUACUAUCCAGUCUGUAGGCUGACAGUGUAUAGGGAGAAGGCAGAGGAGAGUCGGCCUAUAGAGAAGGAAGAAAUUCUUAAAAUAACACUCAACAAAGUCAAGGGCAGACAACUAGGUAUCAAGCUUGUUGGCAAAAGAAGUGGUCCUGGUGUUUAUAUUUUAAGUUUGGUAGCGGAAAGUUUGGCCGCUAUGGAUGAGCGACUUCGGCCGGAUGAUCGAGUACUAGAAAUAAACGGCAUUGAUGUUUCGUAUGGCACGCAAGAGCAGGCUGCUCAUAUAAUACAGACAAGUGCUGAUAAAGUGCAAUUUGUGAUUUCCCGACGAAGUCGUCCUCAGACUCCCGACCUUAUUCGAUCUACCUCCGACAACUCAACAACAGCGACGAACUACAGUAUGAUACGUGAUAACACUCCCUCGUGUCAAAAGUGUCACGAACGUCUCGUCACCGUCACCAAGGACCCGCUAGAGACACUGGGGAUCAGUGUGGCAGGCGGACUGGACAGCCCCCGUGGGGACACGCCCAUCUACGUCACAAACAUCAACCCUCUUGGAUCACUUGGCCGCACCAAGCAAAUUAAGAAAGGGGACAUCCUUCUCUCUAUCAACGGGUCAAGUCUGCUCGGACUUACACAUAACCAGGCGGUCAGUCUGGUGAAGAUCAACACGGACAACAAAGUGGUCUGUCUGAAGAUCAUCAACGGUCCGGAGACAUCUCACAAUCAGGGCAACUUCACACCAACAUGGCUGUUCUGGCAACAAAUGCCGAGGAUGUGCCAGACACUUAAGACUGUGACACUCCUUCGGAGUCCAAGCGGCUCCCUAGGGUUCUCUGUGGUUGGAGGGGUUGACAGUGAGAAGGGGAUUCCCCCCUACCCUGUGUAUGUAAAAUCUGUUGUGUUGGACACGCCUGCUGCCAAGGAUGGACGCCUUAAGUGUGGAGAUAUUUUACUUAGUGUAAAUGAAGAGAGUUUACAGGGAGUGACACAUACAAAAGCCGUUGAUUUACUCAAGAUGGCCGACGGUGCUGUAGCAUUAACAGUUGUGUCUUGGCCCGGCACCAUUGUAUGAUGGGUAAUUCGGGUUUAAAUUUGUGAUGGCCAGUACUUUUCUACGUUUCUACGUACUGGUCAAAUUUUUUUACAAUUGACGAAAAGACAAUUUCAUUAAGCAUUAAAGGUUCAUUCAUUUUAUGAAAUUGGGAUGAUCUUUUUGACCAGAUAUAAGGAACGUUCCAAACGAAUUUGCAUUCUGGAGAAGUCACAAAACCAUUUUCUGUUUUCGAAGCACGGAUCAUUGGACACUGUGUAUUGGACUAUUGCUAAUCCUUGUCACUGUAGGCCAAUUCCUCUGGUCACUACAAGAAUCCUGAAGUGUUUGACCAGUUUCAAAGCCUCCUCUCUGGAAGUGAUAAUCAAUUCAUGAAUGACUGUAUUUUUCUACUCUGUUUAGUAGCUAUAUAUUUGCACUGCGUCUUUCUCUUUAUGCAUCUCACUAUCACAGUUGAUGUAGGGAUAUCACUGCACUUCUCUCAAUGUUUUUGUAAGAACAAUAUAUAGCAAUAUUAACAAGCAAUUUAAAAAUGUAAAAUGAUAUCUAGUUUAUAAUUGACAAUUACUGUAUUUAUCCUGUAAUAAGCACAAAUGACCAACCCAAAUGUUCUCAAUUUCAGCAAUAGAUAAUAGGUAGAGCCUAUGUUAGUUUCUUCUCAACAAAAAUUUUGACUUUAAGUUUAGGUUUGGCUUUUUGCGGGACAUUCUGUUAGAAUUUUUACUAAAUUGUAAUAGGCAUGGGUGGGCUUAUUACAAGACAUGGGCUUAUUUCUGGAUUAACUGGUAAGAAAUAUUGAGUUUCAGACAGUAUUUUGUGUACCAAGUAUUCAAUACAACAGUAUUCAGAUCAACUUUCAUAUUGAAAGAAGAAUGAGAUGCUCAUUACUAUAAUUCUCCCAAUGUACACCAACCUUUUUUAUGGAAAAAAAAUCUCUGAUACGCCCCUUCGUCACCUGAAUUUUUAUUCAGAGGUUAUGUGAUAAAGAUGUGUGUGAAUACUGGGAGAAUUACGGUAGCAAAACAAUAAAUUUCUGUUAAAAAUAAUUGUCCAGAUAUUCCUUUAGGUUUAAGGUCAAAAUUACCUUAAAAGUUUUUUCUAUGAAUUGUCUAUGACAUUUGUGUAAUUAAUUUGGUACAGACUUCUCAAAUAGAAUUGUUCAUAUUUGGUAAAUUACUACUCAAAUUUAAAUGGUUGUCACUGUAAAUUUUGAGAAAAUUUUUGCAAACUUUUUCUAUGUCCAAAGAAAAUUCUCGACCCAAAUUUCUUCCCCUGUUGAACAGAUCCAUAAUAAUGAUUUCAAAAAUUCUCAAAAACAGUCACUUUAAUUUUUAUUAUGAAGAACUGCAGCAAAAUUUCUGGUGGAACCAAGAUUUCUCUCAGUUAAGGUGAGGCAAUUCUUUUGUCUAUGUGAAAUUUCUGUGCGAAAGAACCAUAAACAAUUCUUAAGCAUAUUAACAAUUCAGUUUGAUAAUUCUGUACUUCAGAAUAUAUAAUAGUAAUUGUUGAAAUAGAAUGGGAACAGAUUUGACUGAUGUAUGAUAAACUUAAUUUGGUGUUUUUGAGACAUAAGAGUACCUGUUCUGAAUCCAUUCUAUGCAUUAUACAAAUAGUAUAUUCCUAUAUUUUACUCACUUAUAUGUAAAAUAAAAACUAUUUUGAUAUACUAAUGUAUGAUGGCAUAUUUCUUAUAAGUUAUAAACAAUUAACUCAAUUUAUGCAUGAUUACGCAGACAACUAUGCUUCCUAUUUUCAACAAUUUUCAUAAUUACGCAGACAACUGCACUCCCUAUUUUCAACAAUUUUCAUAAUUACGCAGACAACUAUGCUUCCUAUUUUCAACAAUUUUCAUAAUUACGCAGACAAACACACUUUCUUUUUUCAACAAUUUUCAUAAUUAUGCAGACAACUGUUCUUCAUUUUUUCAACAAUUUUCAAAAUUAUGCACAAAAUUUUAAUUCCAGUUUUUCAGAUUUUCAUGAUUACAGUUGAUUGAACUUCUUCCAUUUAUAUACAAUAUUUAUCAUAAAGCAGAUGCUUGUAAUACUUUUUAUGAAAUAUUCAUGAUGACAUAGACAAAUAUUCCUGUUUAUACAAAUAGAAUGAUUACGCAAACAACUGUUUCUGUUCAUACGAUUUUCAUGAUUAUGGAGAAAACUACCCUCCCUAUUUUAUACGAUAUUCAUGAUUACGCAGAUGAUUGUGCUUUCCAUUUUAUACGACUUUCAUGAUUACGCAAAUGAAUACUGGGUAUAAUAAUUCUGAUACUCGUGUGAUAGUGUGAUGUGGAGAAAAACAUUUCUAUGUGUUUAAACAAAAGAUGGCCUACAUAAAGUUUAUUCGUAAUUAUUAUGUCUUGUAUAAAAAAUAUUUAAUCAGAAAUUGUUCAUUUUUAUUUAAUGGUUCAUAAAAAUAUAUGUACAUAAUGUAAAAUCUCACCAUGAGGCUGUAAGGUGUGUAUUUUACAGAAGGAUCGAGGUAGCAAAACCAUGCUAUAACGCCACCUCGAUCGUUUCAUCCACCACUUCAUUUCAUUGACAAUUCCUUUAUGUAUCUAGGUCUUGAUUUUGCCAAACCUUUUUAUAAUGCCAAAACUUGGUUUGGCAAAUUGCAGGCAGUAUAACGAGGUGAUUUCCUUUAAAAUGGUAUAAACUCAUUAAGCUGAUUUUGUUUAUUAGCAUGCACAUGAGAGCCAUUAAUUAUGAAAUAAGCACAUACAUAUAUAUGAUAAAAUAUUUUGUACCAAUACACACUGUAUGAUAAUGCUCUGCACAGCUUUAUUUUUUUACUUUUCAAGAUACAUUUCAUGUUUUGCAUUUUUUUUUCAUAUGUUUUGAGCCUUUUAUUAUUGGUUGUUUUGUGAAGGUUUUUUUCCUUUUUUUUUCGGUACCUAUACACACAGUAUAAGUUAUGAUAAUACCGCUAAUAUAAGAACCUGAUGACUGCCCCAGUUAUGGGUUUGUUAAUAUGUACAUUAAAAUGUAAUUAGGAAUUUUUUUAUGGUCAGAUUGUGUGUAAGUUAGGAUAUUUACAGCUAUGACUUAUUCAUGAAAAACAAAUUGAAAAAGGGCAACAUUUUUGUCAGAUUUGAAGGUGUUAUAUAUUACACAUCAUUUUUAAUGACAUACCGCAUUAUGCAUUGUUUACUAAUGCAACAUGAUUCGUGAUAUAUUAUACCGUUUUUUACUUAACUAGCAUUCCCAAGUGUUUUUGUUGAUAGAAGAAAUUAAAAUAAUUGCAAACAUUUUCAAAUGUUUACAAAAAAUAUAUUAGAACCAAGAAUCCAAUUUUUUUAAUCAGAAAUUACCAAUUACCGUAAACCUCCGGUAAGUUCGAAUUGGCAAAUAGUCCGAACACAUAUUUAAAAAAAAACAUCUGGUUGUGUUACGUUGAGCUGAUUGUUUAUAAUGGCCCCUUUUUGGGAUAGUCUCGAACUGACCAAAGGUUUUCCGUAAUUACCUUAGAAAAUUUUAAAAAAGUGGUAAUUGCAGACAAAAGAAUGGGAUGAUUGUGUACAUAAGAAAAGGAUAAGGGGAUAUUGAUUAGGAAUGGAGUGCUUAUUGUGUAAAAUACGGUAAUUAAGUUUUGUUUAUAAGUAAGCUGAGUGGAUAUGAAUGUUGAGUAUAUGUGGUAUAGGGCAGAGGUGCUAUUUACCUUAAAUAUGGUAAAUCUGAAGUCAGUCAGUCACUGAACAUUUCAGGGAACUUUCCCUACCAUAAUUAUUCUACAAAGUUACUUGCAGGUGAAUCUAGUCAUUGGUUGAUUGUGUUAUAGGUUGAAAUUAAUGUAGUAUGACUUUUGUAAAAUAUGAGAUAUUUUAGAUUUUGCCAUCAUUCCUUAAGAGUAAAUGGGAAAAGUUUACAUUCCAAGUUUGUAUUCAAUACCGUAUUUAUCCUGAAAUAAACCCAUUCCGCUUGUGUGACAAAAGAGUGCAAAUUUUGGGGGGGGGGGGGGAUGGUUGAUUUUCCAGCACUUCUAUCAGUCUCCGAUUUCAAAUACUAAAGGAGGCUUAUUUGUGAGCAGGGGCAUAUUUGUGGAUAAAUACGGUGUACUAUGUCAUACCUGUAUGAGAGAGAAGUUCCUGUGAGAGUAUUCUGAUGUGAGAUAUGAAGGUUUGACACUAUAUAUACAGUUAACACAAUUCAGGUCAGGAAUUCUCUAUGCUUCGAGGACAAAUGUUAUUGUAGAGUUAAUGAAAACCAAUUUUAUGACAAUUAUCUAGCUAAUUUAUCAAAAGUCUUGGAACAAAAAUAUCAAUGAAUUAUGGAUGAUUAACAAUAAAACAUGUUUUAUUGUUCAAUAAAUACCACUCCCUAUGACGGGUAGGCCCUGUUUUUGAUACAGAGCAUGUACGCAUAUUGAUGAGAUUGGACAGACGGACAGACAAAAGCACGGCACCAGAAUUGUUGAUAUUGCACAGGGGAAUGUAUUUUCUAUUCAAAACUUAUUAGAAAACCAGAUUUUAAUUUUGUACGAUAAUCUAGUAGAUUUUUAUUUCCUCAGAGAAAUUUUAAUUUAGUGCCUCAGGUUACCUGUUUCGACCAAUGACUUGCUAAUGAAAUUGAUACCCAAAUACUAGUCAGAAUAUGUGUACAUGUCAGUUUUCUGGGCUGCAGGAUUAGCGGUGUUACCACAGGUAACACUAUGGGGUUCCUACAUUUCAUACCAUGGGGUUCCCACAUGUGACACUAUGGGGUUCCCACAUGUAACACUAUGGGGUUCCUACAUUUCAUACUAUGGGGUUCCCACAUGUGACACUAUGGGGUUCCCACAUGUAACACUAUUAGGUUCCCACCUUUAAUGCUAUGGGGUUUCAAAAUGUAAUACUAUGUGGUUCCCACAUGUAACACCAUUGGGUUCCCACAUAUAACACUAUGGGUUUCCCAUGUGUUACACUAUGGGGUCCAUAUGUAACACUAUGGGGUCCAUAUGUAACACUAUGGGGUUCCCACAUUUAAUGCUAUGGGGUUCCCACGUGUUACACUAUGGGGUUCCCACAUGUUACACUAUGGGGUUCCCACAUUUAAUACUAUGGGGUUCCCACAUGUAACACAAGUUAUAAUACUGACCUUAGUAUGGCCAUUAUUCAGUAAACAGGUAAAACCUUGAGGCAUUGUCCCCGGGAUAAACACCGAAGGGAUUACAGUACCUCAGUUUUAGGGUAGCUCUUCAUCCAUUAUGGAGGAAUUGUUUUGUAAAAUCUACCCAAAUGUCCAACCCCACUGGUCGUACAGACAGUUUUAUCAAACCAAAAUCAACACUUUCUGAAAAUCUGGUAAUUUAUUAACGAAGAAACAAAUCAGAUUCCUGCGUAAAAAGACAAUAUAGUCGUAAUCAGGGCCUAGCUUCCGUGUCGGGGGACGAGAGAAUUGUGCAUUUACAUCAACACAAGCCUACUAUAAAACAAAAGGUUACUGGUUAAUUGAUGGACCAGUUUACGGUUUCGGAAGACUUGCGUUGUUGUAAUUAAGCCUCUAUCAAUCAUUCAACAAGCACUGACGUUACAAAACAACGACUACGUGCCUGCCCAGGAUAUAUGCAGCAUACUGGGAGGUAUAUUUCAAUUUAGAUAAAUCAACAUUUCAAAUUUAUAUUUAGUAUGAUUUUAAAAUGGCCACCUAUCUAGUGUUGAUGAUUUAAAAGUACUUUAGUUCUCGAUGACUGUACCUGACAAGACCGUUUCCUAACAAGCAAAAUCUUAAUGCUUUUAGUUAUGAUUGACAUUGCUAUCUAUAGGGGAAUAAAAUUCCACCAUUUUGUUUGUUUUUAGAAAUUAUUUAUUCAACAGGUGACCUUUAUAUACAGGUUCCGUUUUCAACAUGUUUCCUCAAUAUGCAGGUUCUGUAUUGAAAAGGUUUAUUGAUUCUAAAUUCAACAGGUAAUUUCUA